ACAUUCCCCAUGCUAUGGUGGGCGUAGGCAAGGCGGAUACGCAACAACAUGCCUUGAUGCCUCUUGGUCUUUUUCGGUGAACUGUGGCAAACAAGUUGCAGACUGCUUGGAGCUGCCGAGGGGACCGCCGCUGAUCGGCAGGCAAACAGACAUUACGACGUGGCCAACGAGUGCAACAAACAAGGUUUCCUGGAAAACAUUUCUAUGAUCUUUAGAACAGCAACUCUCAGAUUUGCCCACUGAACAGGACAAGUCAUGUACCAAGUUGUACCGGGAGGAGCGGGAGGCACAAUUACAGAUGUUAUCCCCAAACAGAAACACAGCAAGGACACUCGACCCUUAGUCGGAGCUGGAGUGAUCGGCCUGAUGCUGGUGAUUGCAGCAGUGACUGCAUGGUGUUAUUAUAUAGCCUCUCUACGCAAAGCUGAGCUGCUUAAGACUCAGCUGCUGGAUCUGAAUAAAGAUGGCUACAUUAUCCGCAACCAAGGAGGGUCUAUUGUUUUCAGAAUGGAUUUCAGGUCAGGUACGCUGGAUUUGGAUUCAUGCUCCAAAGAAGGGGAGAUUCUGAGCUGUGGACGGACCACUGAUAGAAAACUAAACUUCUUCAUUGAGACAGUGCGACCUAAGGACACAGUACAAUGCUACCGUGUGCGCUGGGAGGAAUUGGUUCCUGACAUUCCUGUUGAGCAUGCUAUGACAUACAAGUUUGCACACUGGUAUGGUGGUGCAGUGUCAGCAAUUCAGCACUGGCCUAUUUCUAUUUCUGGCCAACAGGCUCCCAAACCCUUUGUUACUAGUGACAUCUACUCAAACCGCAAUGAAUUUGGUGGAAUUUUGGAGAGUUAUUGGCUUUCAUCCAACGCCACGGCCAUCAAGAUAAAUAAUUCUGUGCCUUUCCACCUGGGCUGGAAUGACACAGAGAAGACAAUGUACUUCCAGGCGCGAUACAAUGACAGUCCCUUCAAGCCAAACCCAGGAGAGGCACCCUGUGCUGAACUUAGCUACAGAGUGUGUGUGGGCUUGGAUGUGACAUCCAUACACAAGUACAUGGUCCGCAGAUACUUCAACAAACCAAACAAAGUGCCUGCCAAAGUCAUGUUUCGCCAUCCCAUAUGGUCGACUUGGGCGCUACAUAAGACUGACAUUAACCAAGAGAAACUCUUGACGUAUGCUGCCAACAUCCGCAAGUAUAACUUUAACUGUAGCCACCUGGAACUAGAUGACCGCUACACCAGUCGCUACGGAGAAUUUGAGUUUGACCCAAUAAAGUUCCCCAAUACCUCUGCCAUGUUCCAAAAGCUGAAAACAGAUGGAUUUCUGAUGUCACUCUGGAUUCACCCUUUUGUUAACUAUGACUCGGAAAACUUCCAUACUUGUGUAGAGAGGGGGCUGUUUGUCCGGGAGCCUACGGGCCGGCUGCCAGCCUUGGUGCGCUGGUGGAAUGGCAUUGGCGGCAUUUUGGACUUCACAAAUCCAGAAGCCCGUGAUUGGUUUUCCUCCCAGCUACGUUCGCUGCGCUCCAGGUAUGGGGUGACAUCUUUUAAAUUUGAUGCAGGGGAGACCAACUACUUACCAUGGAAAUUUAGUACCAGAACUCCCAUUCGGGACCCAAGUUUUUUCACAAGACGUUACACAGAAAUGGCAAUUCCCUACAACGAUAGAGCUGAGCUGCGCAGUGGCUACCAGUCCCAGAACAUAUCCUGCUUUUUCAGACCAACUGACAGAGACUCUGUGUGGGGCUAUGAGUUGGGUCUCAAAUCUCUUAUCCCAACAGUGCUCACCAUCAGCAUUCUUGGCUAUCAGUUCAUUCUACCUGACAUGAUCGGAGGGAAUGCCUAUCCGAACCGCACAGAUGGAAAUCGUGCAUUACCUGAUCGAGAACUCUAUAUCCGCUGGCUGGAGCUGUCAGCCUUCAUGCCCUCUAUGCAGUUUUCUAUUCCACCAUGGGAAUACGACAACGAGGUUGUUGAAAUUGCUCGGAAAUACACAGCCCUCCAUGAGAGUAUUGUGGCGCCACGGGUCCUGGAGCUGGCUGGCGAGGUGCUGGACACCGGGGACCCAAUCAUACGGCCCCUGUGGUGGAUUGCCACAGGUGAUGAGACAGCCUAUAAAAUCGACUCCCAGUUCCUGAUUGGGGAUGACCUCAUGGUAGCCCCAGUAUUAGAGCCUGGAAAGCAAGAGCGUGACAUUUACCUACCUGCCGGCCGUUGGAGAAGCUACAAGGGGGAGAGAUUUGAAAUCAAGGAGCCACUGCACCUCACAGACUAUCCAGUAGAUCUGGAUGAAAUUGCUUACUUUGUUUGGGUGUAGCAAGAACGGAAUGUAAAGCUAAACAGACUUGAUUAGCCUGUGCUUCGAUUGGCUUGUGAGACAAGCUUCACAAAUUUAGCUUUUAUGCUUGGCAGGAGAGACAUUUUAUGAAAGGGUUGUUUGUUAUGGAAAAGCUUUUCUGCAACAAAAUAUCAAGACUUUUAAAAAGAAUUUGAAAUUUUAACACCACCUUACAUCACAAAUGUGAAACUGCUUCACUCAAAACCUCAUAUUGUUUUUAUUUUUUUACAUUUCAUUUAAACUAAUGAAUGCAUCAUCUUUUUUUGUGGUUUAAUGGAAAGAUAGCAAAGUAGUGUCAAGGAAGAAUGUGUUAUUUCGUCUUUCUACAGAGUCUCGCUUUAAAGUCCAUACAAGUCACGUAUAUGAAACAUUUGUCAAAAAGGGAAUAUGCAAACUGUGAAUUGAGAAAGGCAUGAUUGCCAUUGUAUGCCAUAAAGUUGUUGUAUUUUUGUGUCACAGCACUUUAAAGUUAAAUUUAAACCAAACAGAUUGUAUCAUUUGAGGACAAUAUAAGGGGUGUCAUUAAGCAGAUAGUAGGCUACAUAAAACCUAUACUGAUUAAGAAAUUCUCCGUUUGACUGAGAUAUCCUACUUUCCUUUGACACUAAUGACUCUUCUACUCUUCUGCUCCGAGAUACUUCUCAGGAAGUCAGGUUUUAUGCUUCACUUAUCAGGGCGAAUGCUUGAAGUUUAAUCAUUACAAAUGGCAUGUGCUCUCAUUUGUGUAUCACAGUGUCAUGUAACUACUCUUAGCCCAGAAGAAAGAUGCCUUUUAUUAGGUACUAAAUAUUUUAUGCUACUCCUCAGGUAUGAGCUUUUUCUGGCUGUAGUGUGUAUUGAAGUGUCUGGUAAUUGUCUUUAUUGUGCUUUGCUGACUCUGAAUGCAGCUAAACAGCUAGUAAUACUAUGAUGUAUACUACAUUGACUGAGUAUCUCUUUUAAACUCUUAAACACAAUGACCUAAAUGUUAAUGGUCUGGUUACUUUCUACCUGCUUGGUAUGUGGUGUGGAAGUCUAUAGAUGCAAUGAAUUUAGCAGCAUUUAAUCAUCAAAUUAAAUGGUACAGUGUAUUUUGUCACCUUGUGUUUUGUAAAUGUGAAUAUUUUGUAACUGCAGUGAUAUCUCAAAGUGCCUUGUGUUAAUAAUUACUGCCACAUACUGUAUGUGAUUUGUUGUUAUGCUAUACAUUUAUUAUGGUUACAUAUUGCACAUUUAUUAUGUAAUAUUAUUCUUAAUUUAACACUUUAUUGCCCUUUAUGGGCAAUCACAUGGUCAACAAAGUGUACCACAACAACAUUUUCUAUUAUGUAGCUGCAAACGUCUAAAAAAACAUUUUUACAUAGUUCUAGAUCACAUUGCAUCAUGCCAAAUCAUGCAUCUUGUUAUCCAGAGAUGAAACUGAUUGUCUCAACUUGGGAUAAGGCAGCAAGCAUAUUCCUUUUAAGUGACUUCUCACAAAGUAAAACCAUUAACCAGUAAUAUUGUUAACAUAGUCCUCAUACAUAGCUUUUUAAACAUUUGUCGAGGUGGAUUCUGAUGGGCUUUGAAGCUGCAAUAAAAAAAAGUGUUAUUGUGAGGUAACAAUAAGGCAACGUCCACAUUGGUGCAAUUUUCUCAUUUGGCAAUAUUUCUGUCUUAAUUUUUUAAUGCUGUCUAGCUUUCACCCAUUAUUCAGCCUCAUUCUGACUCUGUGUGCUUUGACAUGUAGCUUCUACGUUGACCUCAGUGGGCUUUUGACAUAGUUUCAUCAUAACAACACUACCUAUUUAUAGCAGUUCUCACUCAGCAUCUGGGCCAGGCCAACCUCUGAGGCUAUUUCUGUCUCAGACUGUCUUGCUUUAUGACAAGACUGUGAGGCUGUAUCUUGGACUUAAUGUUUCUUUGCUUUUGGCUCUUUUGACCUAGUGUAUGCUAUUUGCCUCGAGUUAUUGUGACCCGAACUUUGGCAACAUUUGCAUGUGACUAAAGGGCAGCACUAAUUUCAGCAAGAGUGCAUAUUUGAUGUCAUAUUGUAUGAAUGUAUUAAAAGAAAUCAAGUUUC